UAUAGUCGAUUGGCACUCGUACUCUCGAAUCGAUUGUGGCGGUUACAACUGUGAAGACCGUUUCGAAUUUGUCGUCGUCCUUAGAGGACGAGGCUCACAGCAGUCGUGGUUAAAUUUAUUCUGUCGAUUCGUCGUUCUUUUUAGCGGGUGCUGAGAUUCGUGGUGUUCUUCGUUUUUUUUCCUCUACACGUUCGGUACUACUUGUAUUUUUUUUCUGUGAUUCUUAAGAUGCGACGGCGGCGGCCUUCUGGCUUCAGUGGCUCCAUUUUGAGGUUUCGGUCGUCAUCCUCUUCAGCGUUGUCGUCGACAUCGCCCCCAGCUUUUUGUCAUGUUAUGAUUUUACCGCUGUUUCGUUAGUCGCGAUUUUUUUUGUGAUUGAAGUACCCCAGCGGAACGUAGUGGGAAUACCGAGCCUUCUAGGUUCGUGGCAUUCGCGCUCCUGCUAGUCCUUAGGUGAAGCUCUUCUAUUGAUUUGCGUUGAAUGAGUUUGGGUAUUAGGCAUAAUGUGAAUGGUACUUUGGGGAAUAGUCACUGUACAAUAGCAUCGUGGCAGUGCGGGCCGCGGUGCCUGGGUUCGCUUCUUGUGUACGCGCUCAGCUUUGAAUCUCAAGUGGUCUUGACUUCUUCCAGCUGAAGCGGAACUGAGAUUUCUCUUUUAGAUUAUCUAGGUCCGUUUUAGAAACGAUAAAAUUGGUAAAUUUGCCUGAAAAGAUAUUGCGGAAAAAAUUAACUCAGAAAGGAGGAUAAGUGAUGAGCGCGAGCAAAAGGGACGUGCUGCGUUCAAAGGAUAGAGGAUCUUAGAAAAAAUCGCUUAACAUGAUUAUUAUAAAGGCCAAUUGAAAAUCAGUAGUGCACUCGAUUUUAUUGAAUACAAGUGGGAUUAGUGUCAAUUAAAGUUAAAGUGAAUGUGAAAGUGGCGUCGGCGGUUAGUGAGUGCGGAUUUAAAUAAUUGCUGGUGAGGUGGUUGACAAGGUGUGCUCGAUAUUACCGUCAGAACAUAGUUCUUCGUCCUCCCCAUUCACUGUUGUGUAUGCUCGUGAAAUAUUAUAAAUUUAAAACCUAAUUGGAUUACGACAUCGUGUUGCAAAAUUAAAAAGUGGAUUAUAUAGACGCCAGCACAGCACAUAGUACAGCAAGUCAUCAUUCGUUUUUAAAUCGGACGUGAACUCGCUUAAGCUUCCAACGCGCCUGCAGCAGGAAUAAUGUAAUUGUAGCAAGCCAUAAAAAAUCAUAACAAUGCACUGUAAGGGCCACAAUAUACACACACUCAUCUGCAUACAGGACUCCCAGAAGAAGCUCCAGUAUGGGCAUAUAAGCAUGAACCAGGAAGCAAGGCAACAGCACCGAGCAUUAUAAUCUCAGUCUGUACAACUGCGUGAAAGUUCAUCUAUUCAGCAAAAAAAUGUAAAGGAGUUCAUCUCUAUCAAGCGGCAAUAAGAUUUCAAAGUUUAAGCUGAGCGCCGGAUAUGGAAUGGAAAAAUUGAGAAAAGGGAAGUAGUGACAAAGGAACCGUUGCUGCUCCUUCACGCCAGGACGACCCGCUCACAUACAACCACAGCGUUCUCAAUCAAGCUGAAGUACACGUAGUGCGUUCAGUGGCGUGCACGUGCCCCCCGCCUAUCCGAACCCUGGACCAGAGUUGUGGUAGUGAUGGCAUUGAAGGGGUGUCAAAAGCCCGCUACUGAACCCGAUGCUGAAAAGAAGCUUAAUAUGCCAUGGAAUCGAAGUUUCAAUUAGCCCCACCUACCCUGCACCGACGACAAUUGCGACUUCCUUGGACUAUAGUAGAAUUUAGUAUAAUAUUUGUAACGUUGUGUUCACUGCCGCCUGGCCUGAUGGGCGAAUGUCCCCGUCUCUGCGAAUGUAAAUGGAAAAGCGGGAAGGAAUCAGUACUGUGCCUUAAUGCUAAUUUAUCAAAUAUACCUACACGUUUAGAUGGGGGCACCCAGGUCCUAGACUUGACUGGGAACGAUAUUAGCAACAUACCCCACGAUGCUUUUGCAAGCGCUAACCUACUGAAUUUACAGAAGGUAUUUUUAGCCAAGUGUCGCCUGAGAGCGAUUGAACGAUUUGCAUUUAGGAAAUUAAACAAUUUAGUGGAGCUGGAUCUCAGCUAUAAUUUAUUAACCAUGAUUCCUUCGCAUGCAUUUGACUCGGUACCGGAAUUGAGAGAAAUUAAGCUGAACGGGAACCCAAUUCAGCGAAUAGUGAAUGAUGCCUUCCUGAGGGUUCCACAUCUCAUUCGCCUAGAACUUUCGGACUGCAAAAUCAAUAACCUCGAAUUACGAGCUUUUGCAGGAUUGGAAGCAUCUCUAGAAUGGUUGAAACUUGAUGGAAACAAACUAGUAGAAAUCCGCUCGGAUAUUUUAACAAACUUCAAAAACCUGCAUGGGUUAGAACUAGCUCGAAACCCGUGGAAUUGUUCAUGCAACCUUCGCCCUUUGCGGGCAUGGAUGCUAAGGGAGAAUGUCCCUUAUGGUGUACCGCCAGUCUGCAAGACACCUGGUCGCCUGGGAGGCAAAUCAUGGGAAAAAAUCGACUUGGACGAAUUUGCCUGCGUUCCUCAAAUCAUGGCUCCAGAUACAAAAGCCCAUGGGGUUGAAGGCAAAAAUAUUACUAUGAGCUGCUACGUUGAAGGUGUUCCAGAACCUAAUGUUCGAUGGAUCGUCAAAAAUCGAGUGAUAGCCAACCUGACGGGUGAAGCCAUCCUCCCAGCCACACAAGGACGCAAAAUGUAUAUGGUGAAUCUUCAAAAGAAUUCCAGCAACUUGACAAUUUUGACUGCUGAUGUGCAAGAUGCAGGCACUUAUAUUUGUGCAGCGGAAAAUAAGGCUGGACGUGUGGAGGCAAGUGUAACCCUGGCCGUAUCUCGGAAACCACCUGAAGCCGCCCUGGGGGCUAAAGUUAUUCUGCUAUGUGUACUCAUAGCUCUACUAAUGGUUGUAAUGUCGUCCCUGGGAGCUUUGUGUGUUUGCUCACUACGGAAAAAGCGGAAAACACCACGCUGGAAUACUCCGGCUCGAAGUGAUAGCUACGAGAAAAUUGAAAUGAGUCGCAAGCCGAAUAUGCGACCAUUUCGAGCAGAUGAGAAUGGCUACAUACGGCCACAUAUUGAGAAUGGAAUUGCUAUUGUUAAUCCAACGAAAAAGAAUGGAGAUUAUCGAAAUGUUCCUACAGAUGACGAUGAUACGGGCUACGAGGACAAUAGCGAGGGAACAGGUUGCAGCGGAUUCAACAAGAAGGAGAGCGGUGCUAAGAUGAAGCCAAUGAUAAGUGCCAAGAGUCCGGCAGAGACAAAACUGAAUAUUGAUUUGCAUAUUCCCAGGUUAGUGGAUAUCAGUUCAAAUCCGGAGUCCGCAUCCAGUUCAGUGUCAAGUCAGGUGGACGCGGCAGCACGACUAGCAGAAGCAACCGGAGGGAGUACUGCAAACUAUCUUCAACAAAAAACAUCGUGGUCCAAUCAGUUUCUUGGCAAAAAGUCUCAAGUACUGCCUUCAAUAGAUCAUAACUCUGCAGCAGAGGCAAAGGGUGUAUAUUGCCCGCCAAGGACAAUAGAAACGGAAUUCUGUGAUAGUGAAAGGAAAUAUCCGGAUCUUUUGGAUGUAACGAGUUUCAGUGCAGCCAACACAACAGCAUUUUGCACGCUUCCAAGAAAAAUGAAAGCAGUUAAUAAAUAUUUUAAAAAUUCUUCAGAUAGUCAAUCACCACUUUUACCGGAAAGUUCGAGCAAAUAUAGUAGUAGCACCCUCGGUGAAUCAAGUUUACCUGGAGAUAUUUCAUCCAGGAGAUUUUCCGCAGAAUCGUAUAAUAACUAUAUUCUUGGCAAACCUGCAAAACUGAAAUUAGCUCAAAACCAACAGCGUUCCAAUAGUUUCUUGAAUUUAGUCACGACACCUGGUCAAGCAACUAGUCAGAGGAGAAAUCCUAGCUUGCCAUCUUCACCAGUUAGGGAAUCGCAUCAAAGAUCCUUGAGCUCUGCAGCCACCCCUCUUCUAGACUUCUCUUCUUUGGCUAGUAGAAGUGGAAUGAUGCCUGCUACGCCAUCUACAUCGAACACUAUGAAUGCUUAUGACUACCAUGCAGCCCAGCUAGAGCGUUUUCUUGAAGAAUAUCGAAAUCUUCAAGAACAACUUUGCAAGAUGAAAGAAACCUGUGAAUCGAUACGUAAAAAGGAGGCUCCCUUGCGUGCGGCACUGAGCCACUCAGCAGCACAGUAUGCUGAUCCUGUGAUGUUUAAUGCUGCCAGCAAUAGUGUAGUGGUCGAACCACCUAAUCCUAAGAUUAUACUUAAGAAUAAGUCAAUUCUUCCUGGUCAGCCCCCUGAUCCUCCUCCUUACUGGCUACAUCGUAAUGCUAUGCUGAAACGUUUGAAUGAUUCACAAUCGGAGUUCUUUCAGAGCUAAUAAUGCUCUCGACUAGAGGAGUCAAAAUAAAUGGUGUGGGAGCUACUAUUUACAAUAUUUGCCAGGUGUGAUUUGAGCGCAUAAGAAUAGGUGCUGAGGCGUUGCCGAUAAACAAUCGAAAGGGUAUGUUUUUAAUAAUUCAAAACUACUUCCAAAAUUGGGUGGCGUUCAAAGAAAAAUCACUAAACAUUGCCUCAGUUCUGGAAGUGUAAUAUUAUUAUUUACUUUUUUGGUGGGUUUCCAAGAUUGUUUAAAUACUCAACUCGGCAAAGCACCGUGCGCUGUAUAUGCUGGAACCAUAUCGUGAGUCUCUUUCUAUGUAUAGCUUAUAUUAAGAGAAAUCACAAGAGGUCAUAUCGUGUAUUCUGACUGGUUCUCUAACCGUUAAAUUAGUAAUUAAUCGAGAUAUAAGGUAAACCUGAUCCAUUCCAUAUUAGCUUAGAAAUCAAUAGAAAAUGUAUAAUCACUUUCAUCUCAGCGUGACUAAAGUGUCAUCAAACCUAUCACCACUUCUCUCAUCACUAAUGUCAUCAUCCUUAUCAUAUAGACUAGAAUAGAAUAGCAAUUGAGAGUCAUAUACGUACUAACAAUAUUAAACUUUACAUACUACAUUUUUUAGGGUAAGCAAAUUUGAAAACAUGCAGUUAAAAAAGAAAACGCAGGACAUACUACAGUGGGCGUCACUGGGAAGGCAAUACCAUUUGACUGUCAAUAAGUUAGAUUUUAUACGAAAAGUAAUCUUAUCUAGAGCUAAAUGGGAAAGUUUUGUAACUCUUUUAUACGUUUCUGUUCAGUUAAAUUAUUUCAUAUUGUAACCAAGUAUAAUAUCUACAUUAUUUCAUAAGUACAUUUGAUUUCAUACAAUAGGUAUAUAAAUGUAAACACAAAUUUCAGUUAUUUCAAAUAAGUUAACUCAUUCCUGUAAAAUAAUAAUUCAUCUGAUUUCCGUGCGAUACAAAGGAUCAUAAAUAUGUAAUAUCCUUGCCUUCCCGAAGAGCGCCGCUGCUAGAACAUUCGAAACAACCAAACCAAAUAUAUCCAUAAUUAAAUGCAAUCUAUGAUGCUAACAAUCAGAAACCAUAUCGACGAUCUGGUAGUCCUACGUGUCGUUUGGAUUGCAAAAGAUCGUUAACUCUUCUGAUCAUUUUGGAUGAAUAAUGGAUUUAUUGAUAAAUAAUGACAAAGUGUAUGUUUCGAUUUUCACUUGUUUUGUUAAA